AUGAGUACACAUACUUGUUACUAUAAAGUCUUGGGUUUGGAACGUGAUGCUACCGUGGAAGAUAUUCGUCGGGCCUAUCGUAAACUGGCUUUGAAAUGGCAUCCGGAUAAGAAUCCGAGCAAUGCAGACGAGGCCGAGAAACGUUUCAAAGAGAUCAGUGCGGCGUAUGAGGUACUUUCGGACCCCGAUAAACGUGCCCUAUACGAUAGGUACGGUAAAGAUGGCAUCAACGGUACCCGAAUUCCUACCCGUCGUGCAUCCUCGAAGAAUUCGAACGCACGAAGAAGACGCACCACCAUGGGAGCCGGCGCGUUCCACGGUAGUCUGUUUGAUGAUCCGGACUUUUUCUUCCCGUUCCGAGACUUCGGAUUCCAGUUUCGUGAUCCGGAGGUGGUGUUUCGCGAAUUUAUCGCCAAACACAUGAGCAUGAUGAACGCGUUCAACGAUCCACGACGAUUCAUGUCCAUGAGUGGAGACUUACAACCGACUCGAUCCCGAGAGAAACGUAUCACUGUUGAACAGAACGGACAAUCGUUCUCUCGUCCCCGAUCUGAAUUGCCCGGGAAAUCAAGCCCGUUUGGACGAACCUUUGAUCACUCGUUCACAUACAAAGUCACUCCACAACGUGUAAACAGUUUCGCGGGUCAUUCGGCCACCACGUUUAUCAGUUUCGGUUCGUCCAAUCGAUCGGGUCAAACAGGUGGUGCCAUGCGGGGCACUUUUCGUUCAACCACCAGUCGAUUUUUGGACGGCAAAUGUGUGACCACCCGUCGAACUAUUCAAGACGGUGUGGAAACUAUCGAGGUCGAGGAAAAUGGUGUCUUGAAAACGAAAACUGUUAAUGGUCAACCAGUUGCAAUCGCGAGCAGUUAG